AUGAACGACCCACCAACGGCGAUGACCGAAUUGCACUCUGCACAUGUGAACAGUCUGGAGACCCCGAGGGUGCAGCUACACUGGAAUUCUCCCCGAGGGCUAAAUCUCCAUAUAACCCUCCAGCUUCCCCGGACUUUUUCCCUUCCAUUUCUCCCCCUGAUUCCCCAUACCGCUCUUUCCUUUCGGUUCACUCGAUCUUCCGUGAGCCUAUCACUACCCAACAUGGCCAAGACUUUCACCAAAGACGACGUCGCGUCGCAUAGCAAGGGCGAUAGCCCAUGGGUAAUCAUUGACGAAGAUGUCUAUGAUGUGUCCAAGUUCCAAGACGAGCACCCUGGUGGCAAGAAAAUCCUCCAACGAGUCGCCGGAAAAGACGCCUCGAAGCAGUUUUGGAAAUACCACAACGAAGGAAUCUUGAAGAAAUACAAGGCCCAGCUACAGAUCGGUUCUUUGGAUACCAAGAAGGCUGCACCAGCUCCCGAACCCACUCCUGCAAAGUCCGAACCUGCCCCGGCUGCUGCUCCUGCUACUCCUACCGACUAUACUCCGCCAGCUACCGGUGCCCCACAAGAUCCCUAUGGUGAUCUGAUCCCAUUCGCAGAUCCAUCAUGGUACCAGGGUUAUGCCUCGCCCUACUUUAACGAUUCACAUGCCGCACUGCGUGACGAGGUACGCACAUGGGUCGAGUCAGAGAUCGAACCCUACGUCACAGAAUGGGACGAAGCAAGAGAAGCCCCGGCCCACAUCUACAAGCAGAUGGGUGAGCGCGGAUACCUAGCCGGUCUACUUGGUGUCCACUACCCAGUCAACCACACCGAAUACCGUGUGAAGUCCGUGCCGCCCGAGCGGUGGGAUUUGUUCCACGAGAUGCUGUUGACAGAUGAGCUGUCGCGUGCCGGCAGUGGUGGACUGGUGUGGAACCUAGUUGGUGGAUUCGGCAUCGGAUGUCCGCCACUUGUGAAAUUCGGCAAGAAGGCACUCGUUGACAGAAUCUUGCCUGGGAUCUUGAAUGGUGAUAAGCGCAUUUGUCUGGCGAUUACUGAGCCUGAUGCGGGUAGUGAUGUUGCCAGCCUUGGGUGCGAGGCUAAGCUUACCGAGGAUGGUAAACAUUACAUCGUCAAUGGUGAGAAGAAGUGGAUCACCAAUGGUGUGUAUGCGGAUUACUUUACCACUGCUGUGCGGACGGGUAAGGACGGCAUGAACGGGCUUAGUGUUCUGCUCAUUGAGCGCGAGGCUGGUGGCGUCAGUACCCGGAAAAUGGACUGCCAGGGUGUUUGGUCCUCUGGCACUACAUAUGUCACCUUCGAGGACGUCAAGGUCCCCGUUGAGAACUUGAUUGGAAAAGAAAACCAGGGAUUCAAGGUGAUCAUGACGAACUUCAACCAUGAGCGAAUUGGUAUCGUCAUUCAAUGUGCGCGCUUCUCUCGCGUUUGCUAUGAAGAGUCCAUGAAAUACGCACACAAGCGCAAGACCUUCGGCAAACGCCUGAUUGACCACCCCGUCAUCAGAAUGAAGCUAGCACACAUGGCGCGACAGAUCGAGGCGACCUACAACUGGCUCGAGAACAUGAUCUUCCAGUGCCAGUGCAUGGAAGAGACAGAGGCAAUGCUCAAGCUUGGCGGUGCGAUCGCCGGCUUAAAAGCCCAGUCUACGCAGUGCUUCGAGUUCUGCGCUAGAGAGGCCAGUCAAAUCUUUGGUGGUCUCAGUUACAGUCGUGGUGGACAGGGUGCUAAGAUCGAGAGACUGUAUCGUGAUGUGCGUGCAUACGCUAUUCCCGGUGGCAGUGAAGAGAUCAUGCUGGAUUUGAGUAUGCGGCAGAGUCUGCGGGUUCAUGGGAUGUUUGGUAUGAAGCUUUAG